AUGGAGCACGGGAACCCUUGGAGAUUGUGGCAGGGGACGACGGAGCCCUGGGCGGAGAGUCUGCAGUGCCAUUCUUGCCGCAAGAUGCGUGAUAUAAGCGACGGAUGGUACUGCCCCGAGUGCUUGGAAGGGCACCCGCGGAAGUUGAAGGAGUUAGAGCUCGAGAAAGCAUUCUUGACCUUGACUAACCAAGAAAAGUUCGCGGACGUCAGCUUGAUCGCCGCGGACGAUCCCAACGGAGUCGCGGUGCUUUCUCCUGUGUGUUUCUCGCUUCCUCCUCAGUUCAAUUUACAUUUUUUUAGGGGAGCUUAUCAUCUGAAAUCGAAAUUGGCUGGCCGGUCCCCAAACUUUAAAGCCAUAAUGGAAGAGGGCUGUGCUGACACGAUUCAAAUAAGAAAGGUAUCGCAUAAAGCCCUUAAGGCUUUCAUCAAAUACCUUAACUCUGCUGAGGUAGCGCUAAGAGAAAAGUGGGCUGAGGUACACAAGAAGAGUGGGAUCAGCUUCUACUCGGUGCACCCUGGUUGGGCUGAGAAACCAGGAGUUGCCAAGAGCUAG